UUGGAUUGAAACGUGUGACUCAAACGUCAGUUGCGUCUGAAACACGUUGCACGUUAUUGAGGAUAGUUAAAAUGAAGUGAAUAACGUAUGUUCUCCCACUUGUUUUAAAGUUAUGUAGAGAAUCAUAUUCGGUUUGAAGAUGACCGAGACGUCGCAGCGGGGACUUCUGGAAUUUAGUCCAAUAAAGAAAGAAGACAGUAACAAAGAAAACGACGUACCCGUUUUGAGCUUGAUUCAGUUCUCAAGGGCUCCGUUUGUUAUCUUUGGAACCGUGAAGUUGGGCACAUCAAAAUCAUCACUUCUUCGUAUUGAGAAUCCCAUCGACGACACUGUGGCGGUAGUUACAAUUGAAAAAAUUUCAUCAACUAAAGGAUUUUCUGCUAGCCACAAUAGAUUCAUUAUUCAGCCGGACAGCACCUUUACUCUCACAAUUACUUGGACCCCAGCAGAGGAAGGCGGUAUUAGAGAGCUGAUCGUCUUCAGUGCAAAUGGGGUACUUAAACACCAAGCUGUUCUCCUGGGAAGAGCCGAAGCAACCAAGAAAAAAAAGAAAAGCUUAUGGGACUCUAUCAAAAAUAAUAGGGCAGCAAAUCUAACAGCGACGCCCAGAUGCAAAAACAAUGAUGCCUCCUUGAAGAUCACCGCAAAUAAAACCUUCCAGGUGCCUCGGAAGGCACACUACAAGCGUGAAAAGCCCCGUAACCCCCUCACGUUGUUCAAUGAGGGGAUACGCCUUAGAGAGAGGUCCCUCUCUGAAACCAGAUCUGUUGAAGAUGGUCAAGAGCACCAGCGACCUCCUAAGGGCACUCGGAGGCCCAAGGGUUUGGCUGGGUCUGACCAGGCUCAAGUCAGACAUGGCCAGGAGAACACUCCUGUCUUGCUGCUUUAUCCAGCUGCUGAACUUGCAGAUCUGAGCAAUGGUUCAGCUGUCCUGCUGGACUUAUUGGGCACAUCUGACCACCCGGGUUUGACCAGGGUGCUAAACAGGACCCUCUCACCAGUUGGUACACCAGAGGUGUUCAGAAGGCUCAUGCCACAUAUUCAGUCCCUCGGCAGCCCAGUGAUUGAAGCCUUGCCAGCCAGUGAGAAUGUCAGGGAGCCAUCUGUUGACCCUGAAGCGCAGCCAUUGGCUCCAACUUUGACGGUGAGUGACGCCCUGGCUCUCAUCGAUUCUGAUCUCGACACAGGGAUCACACACUCCAGCUGUGACAUUUUCUCAGAUUCCCUGGAUUCUGCGGGUGGUAGUCCCGACCUUGUGCCUGUGAAACCGUUGCUCAACGUGAUCCCAGAUAGCCCAGAUCCGUCAGAAUGCAAUGGGCAGAGGUGUACUUUCUUUGUCAGCAAAAACAAAGCUACCAGCCCGCGGCACGGACCCCCUACCCCCGUCAUCUUUCCCUUCACCUCCCCGCCGGAACUUUCCUCCUCCCCCAUUCAUCCUAGGGUCAGUCUCACCGCCACGUCUCUGUCGUCUUUGCCGCCUUCCCCUUGCACUUUGCCUCCAUUUUUCCGCCCACUCUCCUCUCCUGUCUCGGUCCCCCUGAUGUUAAAAGAAUCAUCUUCUCCAGCUGGUUUCCUCCUUUUGCCCGUUUGCCCCAAAACGAGUGAAGCGUUACCGCCGAGUGUGUCCAACCCAGCUGGAUCAUCACCAGCAGCAGCAGCAGCAGUAACAUCACCAUUGUCGCCGCCACCACCCCCUUUUUCUAAGGAGGUCUUGAUGUUUCCCGUGCACACAAAGACCCAGCUGGACCUGGCAAAGAAUAAGAAGAGGAAGAGCGACGAGUACUUGAGGAGUGAAGAGAGGGUCGAGGAUGUGACGAGACCGGACCUUGUCAAGAGGAGCAGAGUCGUCACUACCACAACGAGGGAAAGUAUGAGGCCAGUGCGUGAGAAGAAGCGUGUUGUGGAGAAGCCCCAACGCCAGCAUGGUUCGUCAGUUUUGGUCCGCUCUACCUCAGCGUCAUCCAUAAAGAGCACAAGAGCAGUGGUUCCAGCAACUAGUGCACUGUCGCUGAAGGCAUUUCGCACUGUACCAAUAAGGACUGCAAAGGUUGUUGCCGUGGCUCAGGCAAAGUUGACCUUCAUUAAACCAACUCAAACAGCCAUUCCAAGACACCCGAUGCCGUUUGCAGCCAAGAACAUGUUCUAUGACGAGAGGUGGAUCGAGAAGCAGGAAAGUGGCUUCACUUGCUGGAUCAACUACAUCCUUACCCCGGAUGACUUUAAAGUCAACCUGGAAGUCAACAAAGUGAACGCUAUAUCCAUUGCCAUGGGGAGUGACGACAAGUACAGUGUCCCCAAAGCGCCCACCAAAGAAGAGCUGUCCUUCAGCACAUAUACCGCCAGCCGCAGGUUAAACCGCCUGCGGCGCAACGCCUGCCAGCUAUUCACCUCGGAGGUCAUGGUCAAGGCCAUCCAGAGGCUGGAGUUGGAGGUGGAAGCCAAGAGACUGCUGGUCCGCAAAGACCGCCAUCUUUGGAAAGAUAUAGGUGAACGGCAAAAAGUCCUUAACUGGCUGCUUUCAUACAAUCCCCUCUGGUUACGCAUCGGACUGGAGACAAUCUUUGGAGAGCUGAUCCCGCUGGAGAGCAACAGCGACGUCUUGGGUCUGGCAAUGUUCAUCCUCACGCGGUUGCUUUGGAAUCCUGACAUUGCCACCGAAUUCAGACACGCUAAAGUGCCUCACUUGUACAAAGACGGCCAUGAGGAGGUGCUGUCACGCUUCACUCUGAAGAAGCUCCUCCUGCUUGUGUGUUUCCUGGACAAGGCCAAAGAGUCCCGUCUGAUCGAGCACGACCCAUGUUUGUUCUGCAUGGACGCGGAGUUCAAGACUAGUAAGGACUUGAUGUUGAGCUUCUCCAGGGACUUCUUGAGUGGUGAGGGCAACCUCCCUCGACACAUGGGUUACAUUGGCCUACCUGUUUCCCACGUGCAGACGCCCCUUGAUGAGUUUAACUUUGCCGUCAAGAAUCUGGCAGUGGACCUGAAAUGCGGGAUUCGUCUAGUGCGUGUGAUGGAGCUCUUCCUCCAGGACUGGAGUCUAUCCCGCAGGCUUCGGUUGCCUGCCAUCAGCCGCCUGCAGAAGGUCCACAACGUGGACAUCGCUUUCCAGGUUCUCAAAGCCAAGGGCGUCGACCUCAGAGAUGAGCAAGGCUCAAUCAUUGACUCCAGAGACAUUGUGGAUGGACACCGAGAAAAGACUCUAAGCCUUCUGUGGAAAAUUAUCUUUGCUUUCCAGGUGGAAGUGAUUUUGGAUGAGACCCAGUUGCGUGAAGAGAUAGGCUUUCUGAAGAGCACCCUGAGGACCAAGCAGAAGCUGGCCUCUCUGAAGGCCGACCGCGGCCUUCAGCAAAGCAGUGCUGGAAGGGGGCCGGCCCCAUUGCGUUUUCAAACCAGCAGCACCAAGAUCGGCCUGCUGAUGGAGUGGAUCAAUGCUGUCUGUGACUACUACAAUCUGAGGGUGGAAAACUUCACUGUGUCUUUCUCAGAUGGCCGGGUACUCUGUUACCUGAUUCACCACUAUCACCCUGAAAUCCUGCAAGAGCAGGCCAUUAGCCACAGCACCACACAGACUGUGGACUGUUCCCCUCUGGGCCGUGUUGAGCUGGACUGCUCCAACAGCGACUCGGACAGCUCCUUCAACAUCCACCCAUCCGUCCACAAAGGCCUGGAAUCUCCCUCGUUUGAAUUCAAAGAUCUCCUUGAAAAGGAGAAGAACAACUUCAGACUGGUCAACAGUGCGGUUGCGUUCCUUGGGGGAGUUCCGGCCAUGAUCAACCCCACCGACAUGUCCAACACCAUUCCAAAUGAAAAGGUCGUGACAUCAUAUCUUUCAUUCCUCUGCUCCCGUCUCUUGGACUUGCGAAACGAGACAAGAGCUGCUCGUGUCAUCCAGGGGGCUUGGAGGAAUUACAGGCUGAUGAAGGACCUAGUGCUUUAUCAGCAAAGAAAUGUGGCAGCAGCCAAAAUCCAGGUGCUUGUAAAGAGCUUUCUACAGAGACGCAGGGCAGAGCGGGAGAGGUCUGCAGCAAUUCUCAUCCAAGCCAGGUGGAGGGGUUACGCAGCUCGCAAUGCACUGAGGCUAAAGAGAGAGGCUCAACUUUGGGCUCUGCAACAUAAUGCAGCAACAAUCAUCCAGGCUCGGUGGAAAAUGUACUCUGCAAAGAGAUCCUACCAGUGCCUUCGAUAUCAUGUUGUUAUUGUCCAGGCACAAUGGCGUAUGAGGAGGGCGGCAAUUUCCUACUGCAAGAUUCACUCGGCUACGACACUCAUCCAGACAUACACGCGUGCUUGGGCCCUGGCGCGAAGAGAGCGAGGAAAGUACAUAUCACUGAGAACCGCAGCAGUUGAAAUACAGAGAGGUUUCCGGAGAUGGAGAGCCCUGAGAUUGGCUCGGAAACAUAGAGCAGCUAUAGUAAUCCAAGCAGCAUUUCGGAAAUGGCACUUGGAAAAAGAGACCCAAAGAUCAGCUGCCGCCCUGAAGAUACAGUCUUGGUACAGGAUGCUCAGGUGUGUCCGUCAAUUCUUGACCCUCAGGACAAGUGCAGUUUUAAUCCAGGCUCUCUUCAGAGGUCGUGCCCAGAGGAGCCACUUGCAGACAUUGAUGCUCCAGCAGCGCUCAACCCUUGUAAUCCAAAGUGCAUUCAGAGGACACGCAGUCAGAAAGCACCUGGCCAAGAAGAGACUAGCUGCAGUUAUUGUGCAGCGUUGGUUCCGUGCCUGUGUGAAAAGAAACUUGGAAAGGCAGAGCUUUUUAACACUGAAGCAUGCUGCCAUUACCAUGCAGGCAUUGCAUCGCGGGAACACAGCACGUGGGUUUUUGAGAAAAAAGUGCUCUGCAGCAACUGUAAUCCAGGCAGCUUUCAGGAGGUUUGCUGCUGAAAGGCGCUUCCUGGCUCUGAAAACAGCCACGACAGUCAUCCAGCAAUGGUAUAGGGCAAUGAUUUUGGCCCACAAGACGAGGGAGGAGUAUAAGGCCCUCAAGGGCUCAGCAGUCGUUAUUCAAAGAGUAUGGAGAGGGAGGGCAGAUAGGAAGAGGCUUGAGAGGCUGCAUGAAUACGCAACACUUAUUCAAGCCAGCUACCGGAGACACAGAGCACAGGAACUGUAUAGGUCAACUAAAUUGGCAGCUGUAGUCUUACAAUAUCAUUUCAGAGCUUGCAUGGCGAGAAAAAUACAGAGGGCAGAAUACCUUCAGCUGAAAGCGGCUGCCAUUACCCUCCAAGCCAACUUUCGGGGUAUGAAAGUAAGGAUGCAGCUGGACAGAAAGCACCGUGCGGCCACGCUCAUUCAGUCUGUUGGAAGAAUGUUGAUUUGCCGGAAGCGAUAUUUGCUCCUUCAAAGUGCAACAAUUAUUGUCCAAAGUCGGUACAGGGCACUAAUAGAGGGCAGAGUUCAACAGUUUGAGUACCGGCAGCAACGGCAGGCCGCUAUAAACAUUCAAGCCGCCUACAGGGGGUCUCGAGUUAGAAGAGGGCUGAGAAAGCAGCACACCGCUGCCACGGCCAUUCAAGCUAAUUUCAGAAUGUACACAGUACGUAUGGCGUAUCUCGCCACCAGGUGUGCCGCCAUAAUUCUACAGGAGCGCUACAGGGCACAAAGACUUGGGAUUCAGCAGGCACGAAGAUACAUGGCUAUGAGAUCUGCCGCUGUGAUUUUCCAGGCUGGCUACCGUGCUCAUAUGGUCCGGCAAAAGCUUUCAAAAAUGCAACGAGCCGCCAUAGUCAUUCAGAGAUGGUUUCAAGCAUCUCGGGACAGAAGGCACUUCCUGGUCAUCAAGGCUACAGCUUUGCUCUUCCAGAGGACAUAUCGAGCAGUAGUACAGACAAGAGAAAUUCGUUCAGAGUACUUGUUGAGGCGCAGAGCUGCCAUUUCCUUGCAGGCAGCCUACAGAGGAAUGAAGGAUAGACAGCAUCUGCAGCUGCUGCAUAGGGCAGCUGUCAAAAUUCAGUCCUAUUUCCGCAUGUUGCGACAGAGAACGUACUACAAGAAUCUUCACUGGGCCACAACCACAGUGCAGUGCCGCUACAAGAAUAACAAGAAGAUGAGAGAGAAGAUAUUGACUCUUAAUGCACAGAUAAAUGCUGUGGUUGUGCUGCAAGCGGCCUUCCGUGGAAUGAAAAACCGGCGGCUUGUGAGAAGAAUGCACCAGGCUGCCAGUGCUAUUCAGCAAGCUUACAGAGCCCAUUGUGAACGCAAAUGCUAUCUUACCCUGAAAUCAUCAGCUCUUACUCUUCAGCGAUGCUUCAGGGCCAAUUUGGCUGCCAAACAUCAGUUGCAGCAUUAUCAACAAAUAAGGAGGAGUGUGAUCUUGCUCCAGGCAGCUUACAGAGGCCAACAAGCUAGAAAAGAGAUUUCCCACCAACAUCGAGCUGCAACAGUGAUCCAAGCCUCAUUUAGGAAGCACAGGGAGCAAGUCAAAUUCAAGGCUAUGCGGCUCUCUACCAUCAUCCUCCAGAGGAACUACAGGUCAUUGAUUCUUAAGAGAGCUGACAGGGGACACUUCCUUAAGGUCAAACAGUCUGCCAUCGUCCUUCAAGCUGCUUUUCGAGGGAUGGUGUCAAGGAGAAAUACAAACCAAAUGCACCAGGCCGCCAAUACUAUCCAACAAGCAUACAGAGCCCAUUGUGAACGUAGAGUGUAUCUUGCCCUGAAAUCCUCAGCCAUAAAGCUGCAGCAACGUUUCAGGGCCAAUUUGGUUGCAAAACAUCAAUUGCAGAAGUAUCAGCAAAUACGCAGGGCUGCUAUCUUGCUCCAGGUAGCUUGCAGAGGCCAACAAGCCAGAAAAACGAUUAUCCGCCAACAUCGAGCUGCAACAGUGAUCCAGGCCUCAUUUAGGAAGCACAGGGAGCAAGUCAAUUUCAAGGCUAUGCGGCUCUCUACCAUCAUAAUCCAGAGAUACUACAGGUCAUUUACUCUUCUGAGAGCUGACAGAGGACACUUCCUCAAGGUCAAACAGUCUGCCAUCGUCCUCCAAGCUGCCUACAGAGGUCAUUGUGUAAGGAUGAACAUUUCCAAGAUGCAAAGUGCUACGACUGUCAUUCAGGCAAACUACAGAAGGUACAAACAGCAGUCAUGCUUCAGAAGAAUCCGCUGGGCAGCCUGCAUUUUACAGCAGAGAUUUAGGUCUCAAAGAAUGCAGAGUUUGGAGAUGAAGCACUAUCAACAUAUAAGAAGAGCGAUUAUCACCCUGCAAGCUGCCUUCCGUGGAAUGAUAGCACGGCAGGCUGUGAGACGAAUGCACCAGGCUGCCAGUGUUAUUCAGCAAGCUUACAGAGCCCAUUGUAAAUGCAAAAGCUAUCUCACCCUGAAAUCAUCAGCUCUCACUCUUCAGCGACGGUUUAGGGCCAAUUUGACUGCCAAACAUCAGUUACAGCAUUAUCAGCAAAUAAGAAGGGCUGUGAUCUUGCUACAGGCAGCUUACAGAGGCCAGCGGGUCCGAAAGGCGAUUUCCCAUCAACAUCAAGCGGCCACAAUGAUCCAGGCCUCAUUUAGGAAGCACAGGGAGCAGGUCAAAUUCAAGGCAAUGCAGCUCUCUACCAUCAUCAUCCAGCAAUACUACAGGUCCUGUGUUCUCCAGAGAGCUGACAGAGGACACUUCCUUAAGGUCAAACAGGCUGCCAUCGUCCUCCAAGCUGCCUACAGAGGUCAUUGUGUAAGGAUGAACAUUUCCAAGAUGCAAAGUGCUACGACUGUCAUUCAGGCAAACUACAGAAGGUACAAACAGCAAUCAUGCUUCAGAAGACUCCGCUGGGCAGCCUGCGUUUUACAGCAGAGAUUUAGGUCUCAAAGAAUGCAGUGUUUGGAGAUGAAGCACUAUCAACAUAUAAGAAGAGCGAUUAUCACCCUGCAAGCUGCCUUCCGUGGAAUGAUAGCACGGCAGGCGGUGAGACGAAUGCACCAGGCUGCCAGUGUUAUUCAGCAAGCUUACAGAGCCCAUUGUAAAUGCAAAAGCUAUCUCACCCUGAAAUCAUCAGCUCUCACUCUUCAGCGACGGUUUAGGGCCAAUUUGACUGCCAAACAUCAGUUACAGCAUUAUCAGCAAAUAAGAAGGUCUGUGAUCUUGCUACAGGCAGCUUACAGAGGCCAGCGGGUCCGAAAGACGAUUUCCCAUCAACAUCAAGCGGCCACAAUGAUCCAGGCCUCAUUUAGGAAGCACAGGGAGCAGGUCAAAUUCAAGGCAAUGCAGCUCUCUACCAUCAUCAUCCAGCAAUACUACAGGUCCUGUGUUCUCCAGAGAGCUGACAGAGGACACUUCCUCAAGGUCAAACAGGCUGCCAUCGUCCUCCAAGCUGCAUUUAAAGGUCAUUUAAUCCGAAGAUCCAUCAAUGAGCAGAAUCAUGCUGCCACCCUGAUCCAGUCCCACUGGCGGAGCUUGGUCCAGAGACUUGCUUUCCAGCGUCUGAGGGACGCAGCCAUGACUCUGCAAAGGAUCCUGCGGGCAGUGUGGCUAGCCAAAGCAAAGAAGCAGCACUACAUGCUCAAUAGAAGAGCUGCCGUGAUACUUCAGGCGCACUUCCGAGGCUGGAUCGCAAGGCGGCAGUUGCUGGAGGCUGCUAAGGCAGAGAAAAGGCUGCGUUUUAUUGCAGUAGCAUUGCAUCACAUCAGUGCCAUGAAGAUCCAGAGAGCCCUUCGAGCCCACUGGGCUCUGCAGUCCGCCAAGAAAGAGAUCCAUUCGGUCAUCGCCAUCCAGCGGUGGGUAAGGGCGUGGCAGCAGAGGAGACGAUAUUUGGAAGAGAGGAGGAAUGUGGUCACUGUUCAGAGGAUUGCCCGGCGCUGGCUGGCCCGCCGCCAUCGUGCUGCCUCCGUCAUCCAGCACGAGUACAGGAGGUUCCUUCUGCUCAGACGCCAGCAGAAGGUUCUGCAGGGCGUCAUCAAGGCUCAGGCACUGUGGAGAGGACACCGCUCCCGCAAGCUGAGAGAUGUCCCUAAGGUGGUGGCCGCCAGGCAGCGCCUGCACAAGGUCUCUGCCGGCGUCCGAGAGGAGGACAAGCUGGGCAACAAGACAGCGUCUGCCCUGGAAUACCUUCUUCGGUAUAGGCACUUCUCCUACAUCUUGGAGGCCUUAAAAAACCUAGAGACGGCAACUCGCCUGUCCCCAGAGUGCUGUGAGCGUCUGGUCGAGAGCGGCGCAACACAGGUCAUCUUUUCCCUCAUCCGCAGCUGCAAUCGCAGCGUCCCGUGUAUGGAUGUCAUCACCUUCUCCAUCCAGAUCCUCCUCAACCUCUCCAAGUACCACAAGACUAUAGCAGCGGUUUACUUGGUGGAGAACUCUGUGGAGACGCUGUUGGACUUGCUGCAACGGUACCGCGAGAAGGCAGGGGACAAGGUGGCGGACAAAGGGGGCAGCAUCUUCACCAAGGCCUGCUUCCUCCUGGCCCUCUUACUUCAGGACCGCCAUCGGGCUCUGGAGGUCAGCAAGCUCCCCAAGGCCUUGGACAGGAUCCGUAGCGUCUACCGUCUCACGGCCCGAAAGUAUAAAAUGGAUACGGAGAGAACCAUCAUCAAGCAUAAGAUGAACUCUGCCGGCAGUAGCAGCAGCUUCUUGGCCCAACCCACGCCUCGGAAAUCCCGGCCAGUGCGAAGAUUUGCACCAGACUGGGUUCUACAAAAGGAUAAGCUCAGCGACAUUGUGGACCCACUCGGCGCCAUUAAAAUGGUAGCAGAUACUUUUUCAAUUGUUUUAUAAAAAUAAUGUUGACAUUUUUGUUUUUUAUGUUUCCUGUGUGCAUUUUCGAUCGUAACAAAAAACUUUUGUAAGCAAAAUAUUUUCAUGUUUUAUAUCAUCUAUAUAUUUUCUUUCUUAUUGUGUUUUCUCAUUGUUUACAUAAUAAAGUUGACAGCUUUUUCUAGUA